AAAUUUAGAUGUCUUUCUUUUUCGGUUAUUAUUGUUAAAUAUUACUUAUUUAUCAUUCGAUUUAUUAUUUUAGGAAAAUAAAAUUUUUUUAGCCUUUUUUGUUUUCUUUUUAUAUCUCUUGAAUUUUUCUUUUUAUAUCUCUUUGAAUUUUUUUCUUUAAAAAAAAAAAAAUAUGGAAAUAUCAAGAAAUAGGACAUUGUUAUCAUUUGUUUUCAGGUUAAAGGAAAGUUUUGGUCAACCUUCUUUGGCACAUUCGGUUAGAUCUCUUCAUAAUUCACCUAUUUCAAGAGUAAAAUGGUUGCCUUUUUUUAAUAAAAAAAAGAAAAAAGAACCUGUUGAACCUCAAACAGCUUAUCCUGGACUUGGAGUUUCAUCGAUUUUUGAUUUGGAAAAAGAUGUAGAUGAUGUGAAGAAAAAAAAGGGUGAAAUUCCAAAAAUUACAGGUCCAAAAGAUCCAAAAGAUCCAAAAUACACUGAAGCAAAAAAGAAACAUACCGAGCAUCGGUAUUCUACAAUGAAUUUUCGUAUAUCCCCUCGUAAACUUAGAUUUUUAGCAAAUCAAAUUGCUGGUAAACCAAUUAAUGAGGCUAUUACACAGAUGGAAUUUUCUCCAAAGAAAGCAUCUAAAAAAAUCAUGAAUUCUUUAAUAACGGCUCGAGAUCAUGCUUGGAGAUAUAAAGCUAUGGAAUCUGACAAGUGUUAUAUUGAACAAGCAUGGGUUGGUAAAGGAGGAUAUCGGAAAAAACCAAAUUUUGGAGCGAGAGGUAGAUUUAGUCUUUUACAGAUCAAAAAAGCACACAUGAAGUAUAUUGUUAAAGAGAAGGAACCUAUUGAGGAAGUAGAAGGUAUAGGUAAAAAACGGAAAUUAAAAGGAUUUAAUUACGAAAAGAAAAAAGUUUGGACACCACUUAUUGAGAAUAAACCAAUAUAUAAUCCCACGCGAUUUUAUAAUUGGUAAAUAACCCCCUAAGAUCGACAAGAAAAAUUUUCAAAAGUGGAUGAUGAGAAACAAUGAAACAAUGGGAUAAUCUUAAAUUGCAUAAGAACGUGAAGAAUAUUUGUAAGAUAAUAAUAAUUUUUAAUUUAAUACACAGUUUAUACACAGUAUAAUUCUUUUGGCUUAGACUGAUGAUUUUCAAAAUGUGUAUUUUCAAAAAUGGGUAAUAUUGUUCAAUAAUAAUAAAGAAAGCGUGUGAAAAAAAAUAACAAACAAAUAUGCCAAUUAAAAUCAUUGUAAUAAAAGCG